AUGUCCCUCAACGCCUACAUCAACAGCAAGCCUCCCCCUCCCCCAUCCCCAUAUCCCCAACUAACCUCCCUCCCACCAGAAAAAGUCCUCCUCCUAACCGUCGACGGCCGCACCCUAACCGGCACCCUCGUCUCCUGCGACCAAGUGACCAACCUCGUGCUCAAAGACACCAUCGAGCGCAUCAUUCGCCCGCCCGACGACAACGAGCCCUCCGCCGAACAACCGCAUGGGCUGUACUUGGUGAGAGGGGAUAAUGUGGUGGUGUGUGGGUUGGUGGAUGAGGAGGUGGAUGGGAGGAUCGAUUGGACGAAGGUUAGGGGGGGUGUGGUGGGGGGGACUAAGCAUGUGUGA